AUGACGGACCCCAUCAUAACUAUCGGACCCUAUCUCUACAUGAAGCUUGUAAAGAUUAGUACCCGAGUUGACUCGUGCCUUGGUAUGCUUCUAGGAAAGAUUUCUGCCGACUGUAUUGAGCUUUGCGAGGUCUUGGGGCUCAACUUCAAUGUAGAAGAUCCUAGCCUUGUAAAGGCACUCAAGCAUGCUGUGGAUGCUCAGUCAACCUUUUACAGCCAUCUCACUCCUGUUGGAAUAAUAUUUAUCGGUCAAGAGCACCAUGUGCCAUCUGAUGUGGUGCAUGAUGCGUGCGCUUACUUCUCCUUAGACAGACCGGUCUUAGCUGCCAGUUACAGUCCGGAGGAUAAGGAGCCUUUUAUCGUUCAGGCGGAUAAGAGGUGCAAGCUAAAGUUUGUAGGUACCGCCUCAGACUCUGCCGUAGUUAGAGCUAUGUUUCCCGAGCUUACCCGGGGCGUAAAGUUGCAGGAAGCCCCUCUUCCACCAGCAAUUCCUAAGGAAUUGCUUUCGGUGCUUGCUCUGACUCUGCGUAAUUGA